ACCCUCGGCCCUCCAUAUAAACGCACCACCCUGGAUGGCCCCUUCUUGAUUGUGACGACCCACGGGAGACGAGAGAGAUACUGCUACAGACUCGCGCGCGUAUCUUUCUUCUUUCUAUCCUAGCGAUCGGCACGAAGCUUUCGAGAUGUCGAGCGUCGCCGGAGGCGUGGUUGGGACGACGGCCGUGUUUUCGGGGGCCGGCGGCGGCGCGCCUCUUCACGUUCUCGCGGUGGACGACAGCUCCGUCGACCGCGCCGUCAUCUCCGGCAUCCUUCGCAGCUCUCGGUUCCGUGUGACGGCCGUGGAUAGCGGGAAGAGGGCCCUGGAGCUGCUAGGAUCGGAGCCCAAUGUGAGCAUGAUAAUUACGGAUUACUGGAUGCCGGAGAUGACGGGAUACGAGCUCCUAAAGAAGGUCAAGGAGUCAUCCACGUUGAAGCAGAUCCCCGUGGUGAUCAUGUCCUCGGAGAACGUGCCGACCAGGAUCAGCAGAUGCUUGGAGGAAGGCGCAGAGGAUUUCCUGAUGAAGCCCGUCCGGCCGUCGGACGUGUCGCGGGUGUUCAACCGGGUGCUCCCAUGAGAAGAGGCGGCGGCGGCAGCGGCGUUGGUGGGGAUGCGGUGAAACCAUUCGUUCACGCGUGCUUCCUUUUUUGGUCGCCUUGUGUCAUGUUUAAACAGAGAAGAUCUCGAGUGAAUUGCCAACAGUAGGUGUUCUUCGUUUUUGGUUUCAAGUGUCUUUCAGCCGGUCCAAAAGCAGUAGUAGUUCUCAGGCAAUUUGUUGGGUGGUGUGGCCUGUUCCUUACUUGUUUUUUUUUCGAAUUAAGAUUACUUUACUUGUUUGGUUUUGGUUAGAGGAAAUUGAAGGCCUUAACAACAGUGUUCAUGAUCUCCUUAUAAACAACGCGAGGCAGUUCCGUUUCCCCUCUCUCGCUCGAGGCGAUACACGAGGCAGUUCCUAGGCCGGCACAGCCGCUGGCUCGCCUUUCCUCCGCUCGUUGCCCCAACGGCGGCGACAGGGUUUGGGAGCCCCGGUUUCUUUUGGCUCGUGUCUAGGUCUAGGCUAGUUUGUUCAGGUGCCGAUGUCUUUGUCAGGAAUAAAAGUUUCCGGGUCAUCGCCUUGACGGCGUUCUAUGACGGUGUCGAGGAGUCGUGGAUGUGUGUCUAGGCAAGGCCUUAAAGACAGUGGUGGAGGUCUUGUCGAGGGUCAUGUUUCUUCGCCUUCGUCCACGUCGUGUCAGCGGUUCCUCCGGCGUUGUCACGAAGCCGAAAGUGUUAGUGUUGGAGGUGGACGGUGCUGCAGCGGUGGUCUCAUCUAAGGUAUCGUGCACCUAGAGUUUCUUCAAAGAUGAAAGAUGGUUGCUGGUUCUGGAGCCCCUCAGCAGCGUUGCCUCAUGAGUACUUCAGAAUCGCGACCCAAGAGGAGCGGAGAUGUGCUCCGGUAGACAAUCCACACGGACACGGUGCCGUUCGUGGCAACGCCUGGUCAGAGGCUCACAACACAGUUUUGCUGCUAUGGCUUUUUUUUUGGACCUUGGCUUGGUGGAGAUGUCUUCU